AACGGUUAUUUUUCUUCGAAAAACUCGUAUAUCUCGUUGCCUCAAGACAUCAACGAUUAGUCGUCUCAUAGGACUUCCAUACUUUUAGUAGGUAAUAUAAUACGCCGUGUCCAUUAGUGGACGACAAAAUAUUGUCGACAAACUUUCAUCGUAAAAUUUCCUUUUCACUACCUCAUAGUAUAUUUUUAUAUACUCCUUGGUGGUUUCUUAUAACUAAGUUUCCCCAGCAACAAAUAUAAAUCAUUAAACACUUUAGGACACUAAAAACAAUAGAUUAUUAAGGAAGAUAAACUGAUAAAAUUUCUCUACUAUCAAAGUUCGUCGCAUAAUAAAAAUAAAUCACUAAGAGUUGUUUGUCACAUUAUUAUAAUUGUUUGACAUAUUCACAUUAUGUCAAACAAUUUGUCUACAAUAUGCAAUGCCAAAACUACUGAAGUUAAUGUUGAACUUUUACGAUACAUAAUGCAACUGUUAAACAUAUCUAGGGAAGAAGUAGACCAAUUAGUAUGUACUUUAGAAAGUUCUGAUAUACCAGAUAGCCAUGUUACAAAUGAAAAUCAAUUAUUAAGAUGUAACAAGUGUUCGAAGUCAAAUAUGACAUCUUUCAAAAAUAAAGCAUUGUCAAGCAGAAGUGAAAAUCCCAAGCAAACUAACAAAGACGAACGUUUCUACCCAGAUUCUACAUUGCUAGAUGAAUAUGACACUUUUAUGUCACGUUUUAAAUAAAUAAGAAUGGGCUAUAACUGAUUCUUAAAAGUUAUCGAUGGAAAUAUGGUACAUAUAUUACGUUAUAAGAUUGUUAACAAUAUUGUGUAAGAUAUUAAAAUGAC